UUUUUUUUGCUCUGCGGGGCAGAUGAUCCCUAAGUUAGGUUUUCCUGGUUUUCCACCCGUGCCCAAGGUGGGGUCCUGGUGUGCCACUGGACACUGGGCUCGAAUUUGCAGGCCACAGCUCCGAGGAGUUCCGUGCCAAAAGGCGUGCACCCCCUACUCCAGCCCUUUGCUCUACUCAAGAGUUGCAGUUCCCCUCCAUUUUACACUAAAAUUCAAAAGCGGGCACAGCGGAAUCUUCUGGAAAGGGGCUAAGAUGGAACUCAGGAGGCGGGGGUCGGUGUGGAAAGAGCAGAUGGAUUAUUUUUUCCUCUGCUGGCGAAUGAGGAGCGCCCCCGGCCACCCCUCCUCAAUGGACACCCCCAAACGCGCAUGCGCACUUGGCUGGCGGGCGGAUACUUAAGGCGCGGCCACCGCGGCUGCGGCAGUGCGCCCAACAGCGGACUCCGAGAGAUCGGCGGACCUUGCCGAACCACGCACGCUCUCAACCACUCACCCACCACUCUUGGAACCAUGGCGGCAGUGGCGGCAGCCUCAGCUGAGCUGCUCAUCAUCGGCUGGUACAUUUUCCGCGUGCUGCUGCAGGUGUUCCUGGAAUGCUGCAUUUACUGGGUAGGAUUCGCUUUUCGAAAUCCUCCAGGGACACAGCCCAUUGCGAGAAGUGAGGUGUUCAGGUACUCCCUGCAGAAGCUGGCGUACACGGUGUCGAGGACCGGGCGGCAGGUGCUGGGAGAGCGCCGGCAGCGAGCCCCCAACUGAGGCCCCAGCCCCCAGCCCUGGGCGGCCUUGUCACCAGGUGCUCCUGUGCUUCUCGGCCAGCAUGGGAGCCAGUGCCGCGCAGGAAUGGGGGGUCCCCUGUGCUCUCUCGCCAGAGGAGCAUUUGCCAAGGUCAGUGAGGGGCCGGUAGGCCCCCGGAGAAGCAGCACCGACAAUGACGACAAUACCAGAUCCCUUCCAAACCCCUUUGCACCCCUCCAACUGCUGGGCGGGGUAGAGGGAGGAGGGGGGGUGGGGGGAGCAUACCCCUGAGAUCUGGGCACAGGCAAUGCAUUCUGAUCUGGACCAAGUCGGGACAGUGCCAUCCCAGCCCUGCAGCCACGGCCAUGCCAACAGGCCCCACCACAGAGAUCCUGACAACCGCACCAGCCAGCAGAAUGGACAUUCCAGCAUCACCAGCCGAAGCCCUGAACCCCGAUGCAGCAGACAAGGCACCAGCUGCGUGCCUCUGUGGCGGGACUUGAGGGCGAGAGUGAGGGAGGAGGGGUAAGAAACAGAGUGGGGCCCGCUCACUGUCCCUCGCCAACAACUCAUGCAUUCCAGCCUUGCUGCCUUUGCUCCCUCAAUUCCCUCCCCCCCCCACGGCCUCCUGAGCCCACCCCAAAGAAAUGUCACUCAAUUUGGACCUAUUCAACCAGUAAAUGAUCCCAUCUUCACUAAAACACCUUCUCCAAGCCCCCAGCCCCUCACUGAUCUUGCUUUCCCUGGUCUCACGCAGUUGUGGUCAAUAUUGUGGUAAUCGCUAAUUGUACUGAUUGUAUAAGUGUGCAUUAGUUGUGUCUCCCCAGCUAGAUUGUAAGCUCCUGGAGGACAGGGACCACCUCUACAAAAAAAUAAAAAACCAGUACCUCCCCCAUCUCGCACCGUGUCCCAGGACCCUGCGGGGUGGUGGAGGUGCACCAAAAAGCUGUCUCUUGUGACUUCAUUUGCGGCUUCAACACAUACUUCUUAAGACUGGGCUGGUGCACCAUUGUUGGGGUGGGGGAACAAAGGGGGAAUAAGCUGGGACCCUCACACACCCAGUUCCAUCUUCACUUAACACUGUUCUGAGAGAUAAAGGAACGCUUCCCCACCCCAAAAAGAAACGUCUACAUCUUUUGUGGUCUCAGAAUAAAAGACCACUUACCCUCCCCAGAGCGGGUGGAUGCCUUCACUUGUCCUGGAACACGGGACCUUGGCAGGAAAGAUGGGAGGAGGUAAGAAAGGUGGGAAUAACCCUCACGAUGGGGUACUAUAGACCAAGGAAGUGAUUCAGGACUUCAGAACACAGAGCUUUAGCUCCAUCUAGGAGCCCCAAGGAAAUGAGCACUGGGCAGGGUGGGCACUGGCUGAUAAUGAGUAUCGGAUAAGAGGUGUGGUGUGGUGCCUCCCCUGCCCAGCUUAUCCCUCCAGGCCCUAUAACCCCUACCAGGACCACGACAAGGGCAUUCUGCCCUGCCUUACUACUCUCCAGGUCUCCUCCCUGACACCCAGGAACCUCUCUCUAGCUCUCCCCAUUAGUGGGUUCUCCACUUCUGGCAUUAGCCUCAAUAUUCUUAGGGGUGCUUACCAGGUCCCUGGCCCUGGGCUCUCUC